AAAUGUGAUUACCUGAUUCGCUAUUUAAAGGACGAGCAGCGAAUCUCGGUCAGUCAGUUUACUUCGGAUCGCGGUAACGUACGGUUGUCUGGUGACCAGGAGAUACUGACGUCUUACUCUUAACCCUGAGUUAUUUAUUGAUCGCUGAGAUGCCUACAAGUGGUAUUAGUCAAGCUAGAAAUAAUCUCAGAAACAUGUCGAAGUAUUCGCACAGGAAUACUCGCAAACCCUUCCCUGCAGGAGGAAUAGACCAGCAGAGAACGAAAACAUUCGGGGUGACCUCCGCUAUAUCUUACGAUGGUCCAACAUUCGCGGAUAGCGAGAAAAGCGAGCAACUGCAAGAAUACCUCGGCUCGUUUGGGGUGUUUGAGACGGAACAAGAGACCCAGCACCGGUGCUCAGUGAUCAGCGCCCUGCACAACCUCGUUCUGAAGUGGAUCAGGGAGGAGUCUCUUAGACAGAACAUGCCUCCUGCUGUAGCCAGUUCUGUGGGAGGAAAGGUGCUUUGCUUUGGCUCAUACAGGCUAGGGGUUAAAGAUUUGAGGGCGGUGGAGGCUGCUUAUGUACCGUGCAUCAAAAUGUCGUUUCAUGGCAUCGAGAUGGACGUUUUGUUCGCUAGGCUGCCGCUGCCAAAGAUCCCAGAUUCCUUGGACCUCGAUGGUGACGUACUGCUGCAACAUAUGUACCCGAAGUGUGUGCGCUCACUGAACGGCUGCAGAGUGACGGACGAGAUCCUGCGCCUCGUGCCUAAUGUGGACACCUUCAGGGUCACACUACGCGCCAUCAAACUGUGGGCUAAACGUCACGGCAUAUACUCAAACGCACUCGGCUAUCUGGGCGGUGUGUCAUGGGCCAUGUUGGUAGCCCGGACCUGUCAGUUGUACCCCAACGCACCGCCUGCGACAUUGGUGCACAAGUUCUUCCUCGUCUUCAGCCAGUGGAAGUGGCCGCAACCAGUUCUGCUGAAACGACCUGAUUAUGUCGACCUUGGGUUCCCCGUGUGGGAUCCUAGAGUAAACGAGGCAGAUCGAGACCACGUGAUGCCCAUCGUCACUCCUGCCUACCCUUACCAAAACUCGACGUUUAACGUGUCCAGUUCCACCAGGACCGUCAUGGUAGAGGAAUUGAAGAUCGGACUGGCCACGGCUGAAGCGAUAAUGAAGGGCAGGUGUGGGUGGCAGCGCUUGUUUGAGGUGCCCGCGUUUUUUAACGCUUUUGAACAUUUCGCGGUAGUGCUGGCCUCCUCCGCCAGCCAGGACGACCAGCUGAAGUGGCGCGGGCUCGUUGAGAGCAGGAUUCGACAUCUAGUCGAAUCACUUAAUAUGGACGAACCAGUGGCAUUAGCGCGGGUGCACCCAAAGUGCUACGACUGUGCACCCGUUAGUGCAACCACUGGGCAGGCUCCAGCCAACUGCUGCUCGAUGUGGUUCAUCGGGUUGGAGUUUCAGGAGACCUCUGCCAACUUAGACAUGACGUGUCACAUACAGACGUUCACGGAGAACGUCAACAAUAUCGGGAGGAAAACUAACAUGCUUCAGGACGGCAUGGCUAUACAGGUCCGGUAUGUACGUCGAGAGGAGUUGAACCUGUACCUGCCCGACUCCCUGCUGCGCCGCGAGCUCACCUCCCCCGACGCAAAGCUACAUCAAAGCUUUGCCCCCCAGGCCGCGCCCCCGCCUCUGCUUGCGCCCCCGGCCUCGCCCGCGCCCCCGUCUGCGGCUCUUAACGCCACCAAGCGGCCCGCCGAGGGCGGCGACCACACCGACGUGCCGCUGUGGUCGGGUCCGGAGUUCAUCCGGUCCGUCAUGGCAGAAGAACUUAAGAUUGAAUCACUUAAUAUAGACGAACCAGUGGCAUUAGCGCGGGUGCACCCAAAGUGCUACGACUGUCCACCCGUUAGUGCAACCACUGGGCAGGCCCCAGCCAACUGCUGCUCGAUGUGGUUCAUCGGGUUGGAGUUUCAGAAGACCUCUGUCAACUUAGACAUGACGUGUCACAUACAGACGUUCACGGAGAACGUCAACAAUAUCGGGAGGAAAACCAACAUGAUUCAGGACGGCAUGGCUAUACAGAGCCGGUAUGUGCGUCGACACGAGGUGCAAAAAUACCUGCCCGACUCCCUGCUGCGCCGCGAGCUCAUCUACCCGGAUACCAAGCGUGAGUUAUACCACAGCGUAGCGAAGCCACACGGUCCUCUGUAUCGACCUCCAAUCAACUGGAAGUCCGUCAGUCAUCAGUAA